AUGAUCUCAAAUAAUAACAAUAACCAAUCCAUUGAGUCAGCUUCCUCCUUGGCCGUGGCUAACAUCGAAACCUUGGUUCAAGAGAUCGUCACGGCUGCUACUUCAAUGAUGCUCACUUGCCAACAACGCCACAUGUCAUCUAACAGCAACAGUAAUUUCCAUAACGAACAAACCGUUGAUGCAAUAGUUAUGGAGUAUUCCCCACAACAAGAUACCGAACCGGACCAUGACUUCACGCCAGAGUCGUCAACCAACUUUCUUGGCGUCCAAGAAAGAGGGCAAAUUUCGUUUCUUGACCAGAAUCUUGACUGGCACGGCACACAAACCGUAAACCCUAAAAAAGAUAAUCAUCGUUCUAAAACAAGAUCCGGGAACUAUGAGAUAUUGGAGCUAGCCGCAGAUGAUCUACUCGCGAAAUUCACGCAUUACUGCCAGAUCUGCGGGAAAGGGUUUAAGAGAGACGCGAAUCUUAGGAUGCACAUGAGAGCACACGGAGACGAGUACAAGACACGUGAGGCCUUGAUCAGCCCCACGAGCCAGGAAAAGAAAGUCGAAUACUCGUUGAUGAAACAUUACUACUCGUGCCCUCAACAAGGGUGUAGAUGGAACCAGAGGCACGAGAAGUUUCAGCCCUUGAAAUCUGUGAUUUGCGCCAAGAAUCAUUACAAAAGAAGUCAUUGUCCGAAAAUGUAUAUGUGCAGGAGAUGUAACGUGAAACAUUUCUCGGUUCUGUCUGAUCUUAGGACGCACGAGAAGCAUUGUGGGGAUAUCAAGUGGGUUUGCUCUUGUGGGACUACGUUCUCUAGGAAAGACAAGCUUGUGAGCCAUGUUUCUUUAUUCGUGGGCCACUCACCAGUCGAUGGACCGGGCCAGCAGCAACCUCCGAUGAUCACUCUAUAA